CUUUUAACCCCACUCUACCCCCGAUGAAGCUCAUAAAAAAGUCCAUAGAGAAGGACAAGUCGGGAUACGUAACGCUGUACCCCGAAGAACUGGAGGAUAUGUGGCAUGUCUACAACUUGAUACAAACCGAAGAUCAGCUCAAAGCAACCACUAUAAGACGGAUACAGUCAGAGAGUGCAACUGGCUCUAGCUCAAGUCAAAGAGUGCGAUUGACGCUUACUAUAGUCGUGGAGACAGUAGACUUUGAUCCCCAAGCUGGACUGCUACGUAUUAACGGGCGAGUCUCCAGCGAAAGCCAAUAUGUUAAGAUGAACAGCUACCAUACCAUAGAUUUGGAACUCAAUCGUAAUUUUACGCUGUUCAAAAAUGAAUGGGAUACUAUUGCUCUGGAGCGUGUGGAGGAUGCUUGUGAUAUCACCAAACAAGCUGAUGUAGCUGCUAUUGUCUGUCAAGAGGGUUUGGCCAACGUAUGCUUGGUAACACAGCAUAUGACCAUCGUGAGGCAACGAAUUGAAACACCCAUUCCACGCAAGCGAAAGGGAUCGGUCACCAACUACGAAAAGGGCCUAGGCAGAUUUUACGACCAAGUCUAUCAAGCCUUACUGCGGCAUGUCAACUUUGAUGUUGUCAAAGGCAUUAUCAUAGCCAGUCCUGGAUUUGUAAAGGACCAAUUAUAUCACUAUAUAUUUGAUCAAGCUGUCAAGACUGACAAUAAGAUGUUGAUGGAAAAUCGGCCCAAGUUUUUGCUGGUGCACUGUUCCAGCGGGCACAAACAUUCGCUUCAAGAGGUGAUGCAAGAUGAUUCCGUCAAGGCCAAACUUGCUGAUACGAAAGCUGCUAGAGAAGUGGCAGCACUUGAUAAAUUUUACGUCAUGCUUAACAACGACCCCGACCGAGCGUUUUAUGGCUUCAAGCAUGUUGCCAAAGCCAACGAGAGAGGCGCGAUUGGAACACUGAUGGUUACAGAUGCUCUGUUCCGGUCGGCAGAUAUUGCUACGCGAAGAAAGUAUAUUGAACUGGUGGAGGGAGUCCGUGCAUCUGGUGGCCAAGUCCUUGUGUUCUCCACACUCCAUGUCUCUGGCGAACAACUUAAUCAGCUUACGGGUGUAGCUGCUAUUCUAACCUUCCCACUUCCGGAUAUUGAAGAAGAAGACGAGGAGGAGGUGGCGGAGGAAAAUGAUGACACCCAAGCCAAUUCAGAUGAAAUGGAUGUAGCAGACGAUCUUGGAUUGUAGACAGGUUCAAUCAUGACAUAGAGUACUAUUGAUAGAUUGCAUUAUGUUACCAUGUAUAUUUAGACUAUUCAAGUGAGUUUAACUUUUAUUUACGGUUCAGCUCUAAAGUAAAAAUAAGGAAGGGACGGGG